UUUACCGUUUGUGUUGUGGUAACCUAAUUAGUUUGUCUUGUCUUGUCAAUAAUUGUCAUACAGUAGUACAUUUUUUGGUUGUAAGUUAUCUUAUGUUCUGACAUAAGUUUUCCAUUUCCUUGUGUUUUUUUUUAGACAAUUAUAAUUUUGCUUUGUGUUGUACCUGUCUUAUCUUGCCAAACCUAAAUGUUGCACUGAAUUGAUAAGAAUAAAGGGUAAUGAAUUGGAAAGAAGAAAGAGAGAGCUUCACUUCACUGUAAUGUUGCUAAAUGGAUCUUGGAGUUAACACAUUGAAGAUUUUAUAUUUGUGUUAAAAGUGCUAUUACGGACUAAGAUAAGUUACAUAUUUUGAUAUUUUUGUACAUCACUAGGCCUAUACGGUAAUACAUUUAGAAUGAGCAGUACUGCUAGUCCAAAUCAAAGUUUUCAAGAAGAUAGUAGAUGGCAGGAACCAAUGGAAGAGUACCAAUCUCUCAUGCCAGGAGCUCAUUCUUCUAUGCGCAAUGAUUCUCCAACCGAGAGCAUGGAAACACCCAGACUGAAUGAUGUGAAUAAAAUGAGAAGAAAACUUAGAUUUUUCUUUAUGAAUCCGAUUGAAAAGUGGCAUGCCAGAAGACGUUUCCCAUACAAAUUUUUGCUUCAGGUUUUCAAGAUACUACUAGUUACUACUCAGCUUUGUCUCUUCGCCCACAGUAGAUAUAAUCAUGUGAACUAUACGUGGGAUAAUCGUAUUUCUUUUUCACAUCUUUUUCUCAAAGGUUGGACAGAAGAAAGGGAGGUCAACGCUUACCCUCCUAAUUUAGGACCGUUUGCAAUUUACAACAAAGAUGAUUUCUAUGACACAUUAGAUUAUGCUGUUGUUGGGUAUGCCAGCCUGUCGGAUGCUAUUGGGCCGUAUUCAUACACCAAUGAGAACAACACCAUGGAUACACCUGAACUCUGCAUAUCCAACUACAGGGAAGGCAUCAUUUUUGGUUUCAACGAAAGCUACGUUUUUAAUAGUCAGAUUGACAUUAACUGUCCAUUGCUCAAUAUCUCAGAUUCCAAACAUUUCUCAAGCAAAAGCUUUUUUAAGGAGCACAAUAUCACCAUAAACUUCUCAGCUCUGGUGAAGGCUUCCCUGAAGUUUGCUAUAAAAACAGUCAACUUCAAAGCUGCUGGGCCUAUCACUCCACCAGACUGUUACAAGUUUGAUAUCGAGAUACUAUUCAACAAUGAAGACAUGGAUGGACAAAUGGUGCUAUCUUUGGAUGCAGAUCCAGUACGUUUGGUGUGUCAAGGGGAUGUGGAAUAUAUCAAUGACAAUCAGCUAGGCUACUUACUACGCAGUAUUCUCAACGUACUGGUCAUCAUUGUUUGUGGCACAUCCCUCGCUCUCUGCUCCCGAGCUAUAUACAACGCUCAAUGUCUAAAAUUUGAAACCAUGCAGUUUUUCAGAGAAGCAUUUGGAAAAGAACUCAGCUUAGAAGGUAGAUUUGAGUUUUGGAACUUGUGGUACAUUAUGAUCAUUAUCAACGAUGUCCUGCUUAUUUUGGGAUCUGCAAUGAAAGAAGAAAUUGAAAGAAAGCAAUUCAUUGGGGACCAAUGGAACACCUGCAGUCUUCUUCUUGGUACUGGAACCUUACUUGUGUGGUUUGGAGUUCUGCGUUAUCUUGGAUUCUUCAAAACCUACAAUGUUGUGAUAUUGACAUUGAAGGCAGCAUUCCCUAAGGUCGCCAGAUUCCUGCUGUGUGCAGUGCUGAUCUAUGCGGGCUUUACAUUCUGUGGCUGGCUAGUUCUAGGACCUUAUCACAUGAAGUUUCGCUCACUGGCUAGCACCUCAGAAUGCCUAUUUGCUUUGAUCAACGGAGAUGACAUGUACGCCACCUUCUCCAUGAUGUCUUUCAAAUCCUCAAUGCUUUGGUGGUUCAGUCGAAUCUACCUCUACUCUUUUAUCAGUCUUUACAUAUAUGUCGUGCUCAGCUUGUUCAUAUCAGUCAUAAUGGAUGCAUACGAUACAAUCAAGCUGUACUACAGAGACGGUUUCCCCAAGACAGAUCUACAGAAGUUUGUUGCCGAGUGUCGUGAAGAUCCGACCAGUGGCGUGUUUCGUUCCCUCGGUGGAUCCGAGAGUAGGUCGUCUCUGCGUGAACUGGUAGAUCGCUUCUGUUGCUGUCAAGUGAAAUUCUGGCCUAGAUUAUUGGGAAGACAUAGUUACUUGAAGAAUGAUAUCUCUACAGAUAGUGGUUGUAUCUAAAAGAGAAGUCAAUUUGGAAACUUAGUUACCUCUGUUUAAGUCAAUUUGCAUGUGAUAGUCUACAAAUAUCAUGUACAAUUUAUGUGAUAUACUUUUAGAUGUUGUAAUACUCAUUACCAAAGAACAAAAAAUGUUUUCAGAUUUUAUA